AUGACGAAAAGCGACAAGGACAAAAAAAAAAUCCUAUUGAAUGCCUUUGUGAUGAACACCCCAGGCCACUUGGCCCCCGGGCUGUGGAAACACCCAAGGAACAAGACCGAUCAGUAUAAGAAACUCUCCUUCUGGACCGACCUGGCGCAGCUGCUGGACAAAGCUGGAUUCCACGCUAUGUUUAUCGCUGAUAUCCUGGGCCCGUACGAUGUAUACAAGGGUCCUGCUAAUUUUCCGGUCAAUGAUCCACUAUACCUGGUCCCGGCUAUGACAGCAGUCACUAAAAACCUGAUCUUCGGCGUGACUGCGAGCGUGACUUAUGAACAGCCAUAUGCACUAGCUCGCCAAUUAUCGACAGUGGACCAUCUCAGCGAGGGGCAUCUCGCCUGGAAUAUUGUCACGUUUUAUCUCGACAGUGCGGCGCGCAACCACGGGCUAAAAGAGCAAAUUCCACAUGACGAGCGAUACCCAAUUGCCCACGAGCAUAUGGGGUGCUUGACAAGCUUUUGGGGGAAGUACUUUGAGGUACCGGGACCGCAUUUCUGCAAGCCCUCCCCACAGCGCACCCCGUCCCUCUUCCAAGCAGGCGUCUCUGAGGCCAGACAUGGCUUCGGAGGGAAGCAUGGUGAAGCAAUCUUUGUUGGCGGUCAGACACCCGAAGUCCGGGUAACAGUAGAUAAUGUCCGAAAAGUUGCAGCAGAGGAAGGGCGCGACCCCAACCACAUCAAGAUUAUUGUUAGAAUCAACGCUAUCGUCGCUGCGGCGGGUGAGGAGGCGAAAGCAAAGCGGGAGGAGUAUCUGAAGUAUGCAUACGGAGAGAGGGCAUUGGCGCUUUUCGGUGGAUGGACAAGGGUUGAUCUGUCAGGCCAAACCGACGACGAGGACUUCCGGUUCAGUGAAUCUCCACGUGUUCAGUCAAUUGUGAGGAGAUGGUCUGCUACCUUGCCUGGCACUGAUAGACUUCCUUGGACCAAGUUGGGAGCGAAUGUCGUUGGGAGUCCCACAACCGUUGCAGAUGAACUGGAACGAUGGGUAGAAGUGUCAGGAGUGGAUGGUUUCAAUCUGGCCCAUAUCACCAAUCCAGGAACAUUUGAAGAUAUUAUAGAAUACUUACUGCCUGAGCUGCGGCGAAGGGGGCUUUUUCGAAACGAGGUAGGAAAAGAGGGUGCCACAGCGAGAGAAGAUUUCAUCGGAUCCCAAAGUCUUCCGAAAGACCAUCCAGGUAGCCGAUAUGGAUGGCACGUAGGUGAGAAGAUACCCAAGUAUCAGCUGGAGGAUGAGAAUGGGGAGAUAGCUACAUAA